UGUAGUUCCAGCAUCUAACGUUACCAGCCGCGACUAACAGGAACCUGCUAACCAGAGGUAAACAGAGGCUGUGGGAGUGACUGUAAAUUUUAUAUUUUUCUAUUUUUUUUCUCUCUCUGAUUGAAUUGCCGUCUCUCUAUAUUUUCCCCUGUCUUCGUGAAAAAAAAAAAAGAAGAAGCAGUCGUGACUUUUUCCUUUUGUUGUUUAUGCGAAUAGAUACAAAAAUAAUAUUUGCUAAUCUCCUGUUCUCCGCUAACUUAUAUAUAUAUAUUUUUUCUUUAACCCCAUGGCUCUAUGACGACUUCCGCUACCCGGAAACAGUAAUAGGGUUAGAAUUUGGUACUUUCUGUUUUCCAAAAAAAGUAGUAUCGUGAAAUUUAUGUACAAGCUAAAUUAAUUAUAUCGGCACAACAUGAUCAUCGGAUGCCGUUUCAUCUGUUUGUUUGCAGUGCUGAUAAACAAAGUGUCUCUGGAUGUCACAGUAGAGGCUGUUAUUGGUGGUUCUGUUGUCCUGCCGUGUUCUUCAGUUAAACAUGAUCUUAAACUUCAAGACAUUGAUGUGUUUUGGAGAGACAAAGAUAGUGAGACUAUUUAUGAUUUUAUUAAAGGUACAGAUUUUUUAGAGUCACAGGACCCACGGUAUAAGAAUAGAGCGCAAACUUUCCCUGACGAGUAUAAGAGAGGAAAUUUCUCCAUCAAACUCAUCAAUCUCACUCAUGCUGAUGCAGGAGAAUUCAUCUGCUAUAUUACACCCUCAAAUGAACAGGAGACUGUACACCUAAUCAUCAAAGAAUCAACAACAGAAAAUGAAAACCAAUCCACUGAAGAAGCAAACGGAGUACCAAAAACACAAUUAGACUGGUGGCAGAUAUUACUGAUCUGUGUUUGCAUUCUACUUGUAUUAAUUUUGCCUAUAGCCUAUUUCAAAUGGAAGCAGAGAAAAAGAACUCCAGCUCCCAUAUAGAAGGAACAGUGGAAAACUGGAAGUUUUAUUAGGCCCAAUCCCAAUUCUAUUUUAUACCC